AUGGAAGAAGUAUCAUUAGAAAAUGUUAUUAGACGUUGUGGUGAUUUCAAUAGGUUUCAAUUAAUUCAUUAUAUCUUUUUAAGUUUUCUCACCCUCAGUAGUGGUAUUAAUGGAUUUUAUUAUGUAUUUGGUCUUGCUGAACCUGAUUUCUCUUGUCGACUCUCUUCGAAUUAUUCAACAUCGAAAUGUGAAGAUAUAAAUGGUAGUACAUGUAAUGAAUUUGUCUAUGAUCGAACUAUAUUUGGACGAACAUUUACAGAAGAAGCUGGCUAUGUAUGUUCUAAGGCAAUAAAAAAAACAUGGCUUUCAACAGCUUAUGAAAUUGGAGCAUUUGCAGUCUUAGUUACUGGAUCAAUUGCAGAUAAAAUUGGACGACGAAAAAUGAUUCAAAUUUUAACUAUUGGACUUUUUUCUAUUACUGUUCUUACUCAAGCUCUUCUUCAAUUUGUCAAAAUGAAUAUCAAUUCUAAAUUUAUUCUUUUAUUUAUCAAUCAAGUUGUAUCAGCUAUCGAUGGUUAUUGUAUAGCAUUUCUUCUUUUAAUGGAAUUGACAUCAUCUACACAUACAAGUUUUGCUUGUAGUCUUACAUUAGUAGCAUAUACAAUUGGAGAAGUUUUAUUGACAAUCUUUGCUUAUGUAUCACGUGAUUGGCUUUUACUUAAAUGGAUAAUUAGUAUCUAUUUUUCAAUUUCACUUCCUUAUCUUUAUUUUGUUCCAGAAUCACCUUAUUGGUUAUUAGCUCGGAAAAAAUAUCAUGAACUUGAAAUUUGUUUAAGAAAAAUGGCAAAAAUGAAUGGACGUUCAGAAGAUAGAUGGUUAUCUCUUUACAACCAAUUAGUUGAUGAUACUCGUUUAACAGAAGCAACUACAAAUGAAGGAAAACCAACGAAACGAAAAUUUUUACGACAUUUAUCACGAUUAGCUAUUUGUGGUUUUAUUGAAUUUGUUACUAUGUUAUCAUACACGAAAAUUUCGUAUAGAUUAGCUGCAGCCAAUGGAACUUUUAGUCCUUAUUGGGAUUUUAUUAUUGGAGCUGUUGUUGAAGCUAUUGGAUAUUUAAUUGCUGGUGCUUUAAUUACGACACUUUUAGGAAGAAAAUAUUCAUUAAUUAGUUUCGCCACUCUUACAUCAAUUUGUGUAUUUAUUAUUCCAUUUAUUAUGAAAUCAUAUCCUCUUGCUACUGUUAUCGUUUCACAAUUGGGUAAAUUAUCAGUUAGUAGCACUGUAUGUGUUGCAUGGAUAUAUGUUCCUGAACUUUUUCCAACAUCAAUGCGAGGUUUAGCCAAUGCUGUUUUUGUUUUUCUUGGUAGUUUCGGAUCAAUUUUGGCACCAAUUAUUGAUGAAGCACUCAGUGAUAAAUAUGUUCGAAUUUCAUUUUAUGUUUAUUCAGGAUUAAUUAUCGUAUUAGUUCUUAUUAUUUGUACUCUUCCAGAAACACGAAAUCAUUCAUUUGAUGAUGAAGAAGAUCGUAAUGACGUAACUCAAACUGGAGAAGCCAAUAUUCAAAUGUAG